GGGGGGGGGAGCGAGCGAGGCGGGCCCGUCGGGAAGGAAGAUGAAGCGGGCCGAGCGGUGAGGCCCGCAGCGCCGGAGCGAGCAGCCGGGACGUCCGGGCGAGGGGAGGGGAUGCCGGGACGGCGCGGCGCGGCCUCCUCCCGCCAGGGCUGGCCAUGCUGAGAAGCGCCGCGGCGGCGCGGCACCAUGCGCCGGCCCGCGGCCGCCCUUAGCAGCCUCGCGGGGGGAGGCUGGGGGCGUCCGCGCGGGGCUCCGCGGCCGUGGAGGAGGAGCCGGCGGGGUCUGGUCGGCGGCCGCAGGGCGAGCCGCGAUGGGGCCGCCCCCCACCCGGCCCCCGCGCCUGGGCGGCGGCGGCGGCAAGGCCGGUAGGUGACGCUCUGGUCGGGGAGGGGGCAGCCAGAGGAGCGGCGGAGGCCGGCAGCCCCCCCGUCGCCGCCGCCCCCCGCCCCGCGCGGCCCCCCGCCGUCUCCGCGCCGCCCCCGAAAAAUAUGACCGGCGGCGCUUGGAUGCAGCCACGAGAAAAUGCCGCCGCCGCACUAGCUGCCCGCCUCGCCCCGCCGGAGAAGCCGUGCGCCGCCGCCGCCGCCGCCGCCGCCUCGGAGCGGGCCCCGAAAUGGCGUUGGUCGCUGGGCUCGCUGCUCUUCCUCACCGCCCUCCUCUCCGACCGCCUGGGGCUCUGCGGCGCCGCCGGAGCCCGGCUCAGAGCUGAGGAGGCCGGGAGCGUAGCCCUGCCGGCGCCCGGGGCCGCCCUGGCCGGAGGGCCGCGCAACCAGAGCGCCCAGGGCCCCGCCCCGCCGGCCCCCCCGCACUGCUCCGCCGCCGCCCCGGCUCGGCGCCCGGACCUGAGCUCGGCCUGCUCCCGGCGGCGCCUCUUCCAGCAGGGCUCGCUGGCCGCCUUCGCCGCCGUGCCUCUGAGGCUGCCCGCGGCCGCCGCGCUCGCCGCCGCCGCCGCCGCCUCUCCCCAGCUGGACUUCCUGGAGGGCCACUUUCGGACCUUUCGCCUCCCCUUUUGCGAGGCUUACACGGCCUGGGACCUGCUGCUCGGCAUGGCCGGCCCGGAGAGCCUGGACUGCAGCCUGCCCAACCUGCUGCUGGAUUUCCUGUCUGCCGCCGCGGGAGCCCAGCGCGGGGAGGCCUGCAGCAGCUGCCUGGAGGCGUAUCAAAGGCUGGACCAACACGCUCAGGAAAAAUACGAGGAGUUCGAGCUUUUGCUGGAGAAAUAUCUGCAGGCCGAGGAUUAUUCUGUGCGCUCCUGCAUCAGAGACUGCAAGGCUGUCUACAAGGCUUGGCUGUGCUCUGAGUAUUUCGAUGUGACACAACUACAGUGCCAGCACCGGAUUCCAUGCAAGCAAUACUGCCUGGAGGUGGAGACUAGGUGCCCCUUUGUGUUGCCUGACAACGAUGAAUUGGUCUACGGAGGGUUGCCUGGCUUCCUCUGUACGGGGUUGUUGGAGAACCAGUUGCCUGACCAGGAAGCAAAGUGCUGUGAUGUGCAGUGGGACUCCUGUGAUCCCCAGCCGGACCGCAGCUACAACACCACCACCAAAUCCACAGAGUCAGAGUCAUCCCACAGCCCACGCCAGGAGGCCCCCCACCACCAUCACCACCAGCAGCAGCAACAACAGCAGCAGCAGCAACAGCAGCAGCAGCAGCAACACUAUCAUCUGUAUUACCAUCACCACCAGUACCCACACCCGUCUCUGCUGCCGGUCUCCGCAGGGUCUCGCCUCAGCCACAGCAAAAUCCGGCUCUGCGUCCUGGUCCUUAUGCUCCUGCACACCAUGGUGUCCUUCUCCAGUGUGCACAGCAGUGAAGUGUUGAACCUGGAGGUCCUUCCUGCCGUGGAGGAGAGCAUCGCGAGAGACGAGUGACCGAGCGCGAGACAGCAGCUCCUCAGGCAAAAAGAAUGAGUGAAAAAGAAAAGGCGCUUGCGGGGGGGAGGGGGCAUUUCUUAUACCUCUUUGGGGGGCACCGGUUGGGUGACGUGCACAGUCCCACCCCCAUGUGGAAACCCCCAGCAAGAGCAACUCCUUGCAGGCCCGCCCUGGGACGCCUAGAAGGCUGUGUGGGAACACAGCCUCCGGGCGGGCUCUAUGAGCCUCUGGCCCGAAGCUGCAGGAGCCAGGCAGGGAGGGAGCAGAAGGGAAAGUGGAGCAGGUGGCCCCCUGGGAAGGCCAGUGCAAGGGCCCCGGGAGUGAUCCCUGCUGCUCCUGCCAACACACAUCCUGGGUAAGGUUCCUGGCUGGGAUGUUUCCACUCCAAAGUGAGUAACUGGCCUGUGGCUAUGGCAGAAGUACCUUAGCCAAGAUCCCUUCCAAGUCCUAUGCGUGGCCCAAGCUAGGCAACCCAGGGGUGAAGACAGGGUUCUUUCCUUCCCUGUUUCUUAGACCUCUCUGACCCCUUUCCCCCCCCCCCCUUUCUGUGGCCAAGAGCUGCCAGAAGUGCUGAAAGGACCAUCCCGGGCUUUCCAUUGAGCCAGGGUCCAGGAUAAGUCAGCAGCAGCUUGUGCAGUCUGGAGUCCCAUGUUCCCAGAAGGGCUGAAUUCCUUCACUGUCUGCCUAUCAUCUCUAUAAGAUGUCCUCAAACACAUGAAAUACUGUAUUUGCCUGAAAGAAAGACCAGGCUUUUCUCCAAACUUUCAAAAUUGGAGGGUCGUCUUAGAUUUGUUGAGACUAUGCCAAUAGAAGCAGUUUCUGUUCUGUUCUUUUUUACUGAGUUAGUUAAUUAGUUAGUUUUGUAGGAGAAGGGGGGGGGUAUCUGCCAUGCUGGCUCAGGAAUUAUGGGAGUUGAAGUCCAGAGUCAUAAAAGGGGCCGUGGUUCCCCACCUCCGCUCUGAGAGGUAGACAUGCCGUCUUUCGCACAAUGGUGGGAAGUUAGAAACGCCUGCUUCCUCCUUUCUACCACCCGCACAAGGAGAUUAUAGUUGGCUUGAGAUUAAUUCCAAGUGGAGCCAGAAUGUCCAAGCAAACACCUCUGAAUAUGCCCACAGUUUAUUUCCUGUGAGAAACACUAGCCCAGGCGCUUUUAUUUUUAUUUUAUUUUUUUCAUUUUUUGCCAAUUGGUAGGCUUGGCUUGGCUCUUCAUAUAAUCUCAUUAACUGACUCAAGUCCCGUCCUCGCAACCAGUUCCUGAUUCUUUACCGAAACGGAAGGCCUGAGCUUCUUCCCAACUCAAUCUUCUACCAAAGCACUACCAGGUUUGGGUCCCCGUUCAUUUCUCAGUUUGAAUUUGCCCCUGCUGUCUCCCCAAAUGUGCCCAUGGGAAAAAUUGUUCUAUGCAGACACAACGCAGGCGGACAAUGAAACGUUUCUGAUACCCAAAAAUUCUCUAUCUGAAAGUUAAAUUUUUAUUCAAAGAAAAAGGGAGACUCUUGAGAGACUCUUGAUAUGAAAGUAUCUCUCUGUCUCUCUCCAGCUUUUUUUAAUCUUAUAUUAAAGAACCAUUUUUUCCCUCAGAUCUCUCACUAAGGCCCUCACUCUCAGAAAUGUGAAUAGCAUCCAUCAGCAGUUGGCAUGUUUCCUAUCAUCAGGGAAAAAGAAGAAUUCAUGACAGCAACGAGGGGUAUAAACAAGAGUAAGAAAAAUGAGCAGCUCUUGAUAGGUGAUUUGUACUGACAGGAGAGAAUAUUUGUAGCUCAGGACUGAACUGUGGGGUCCUUGGUGCUCUCUGAGCUUGGUUGUUUUCUUGCAGACAUUUCAUUACCAAACUAAGUAACGUCAUCAGUGCACUGAUAUCAGUGCAUGAAAAGUCUGCAAGAAAGCAACCAGACUCGGAGAGCAUCAAGGAUCUCACAGGGGCUUUGUGUUGGUCUAAAAUAGACUCAUUUAGAGCAUAUUUAGAUUGUAAAACGUUAACCCUGGUUCUUGGCUUCUCUGUAAUGUCUGACAAAUCUUGAAGUGGAAUUAUUUUAAUAAUUCCAGAAAUCACA